AACUAACGAAGGAAGCUGUCUUUUUCAGAAAGGGUAGGGGGUAGGGGGUUGAGCAGGAGAGAGAUCUAGAGGAGGGUCAUUAUUUUUAUCCCACUUAAAGGAAGAGUCGCCAUAAUUUUGACACAACACAAAGGAAUCACUUCAUUUACACAGGUUAAUAGGAAGUGUGAUCUCUGAGCUCAUGACAAGUGGUGAUCUAAAUAAGCACUUUGCCACUGUAGCGUGAAAAUGACGCGGUUGGCUGAGAAAAGAGAGACUUAUGGAGGAUCAGCUGGUUUGUAAAAGCCUUACCCCCACUAUACGGUGCCUCAUAGAGAACGGUCGGACGAUGAUGAGGUUGUUCUAUCAGAAAGGAUACUUUUUUCCACGAUGUUGCCUUAAACGCACAAGGGUGACUCGUGGCUGAGCUGAUGGAUUUCGAUUCGUGCCGCUUCGAUAGCCAUUCCCAGUUUCUGAUAGAGCUUUCUUACAUCCUUCAUACUCGUGACCCAGUUGAAAUUGAUUCGUGUUGUCUCACUGAUUGGUAAUCUUUAGAUCUUUGGUUUCCCUUUCGUAACCGAGGUGCAAUACUCAUGAUUUAAUAAAGAUAACAUAUAAAGAAGUCUUAAAAGAAUAAUAAAAAAAGAAUCAUAUGAUUGCCUAAAAAAGAAAAAGAAAAAGAAAAAGAAAUUAUUUGAUCUCUUAAUUUUGGGUUGGUAACGGGGUCGUAACGGUAUUGCACUUCCUCAAAAGAAGCGAAAUUCAAACUAAAAGUCACGCUAAUGCAUAAUUAAUCAUCAAAUGUCGGCUUCUGUAACCAAGUACUGUAAUCAACUUUGGGUUAAUCUGCAAUAUCAGUUACUAAAAAUAUCAGUCUUUUUUGUUUCACUCCUAAUUUACAGACGUGUCCCAAAAUCUACGAUUCGAGAACUUGAUAAAACUUUAGACAUAAUUUCAAUAAGACCUCCAAUGCAGUUUAUCAUACUUUAGUCAAAUUAUCUCUUAAAAUCUAUCAUUUUCAAGGUUAGGGAACUAUGCAAAACUUUGGUCAGCAUUGUAAUCCAAUAACUCUUACGUCACUGAUCAGUGUGGUUUUAAUCACGUUUUCCCCAAGGAUUCAUAGGAAUGUGAUGUAAAUUAGCCCAGCAACCAAUGAGAGCGUGAAGUCCUUUGUAACUACGAACACUUUCUUGAGGGCAACCCGUACGUGAAUCGUGAGAGCGCACAUUAGGUAGAAGUAGAUUAUAAAUGCUUCUUGAGAAAACGGGAAAAAGUUCAUCAACCCCAGGGUCUCACCUGGCCUCGUAAAUACUCACACUGAGGUCAUGCAGUUGAACUGAAAGGUUGUGAUGUUGUGUUGAUCUUCAAGAUGGAAGUGUAUCACUAUGGGAGUUUGACUGGAGUGUGACAAACGAAGACAAUAUUGGAAACAAAGAAAGUCAACCGUCUGGUCCCCAAUUUGGGGGCCAGAUCGGCUUGUUUCCUUCAGCUGCAAAUAGCUUUGAGGCCCAUGAAGCCACCAAGUACAUCGAGAAUUGGAGCAAGGAUGGAGGCAUUCAAGUAAUACGUUCUCUUGCAGAGGUUAAUACCUUGUCUUCAGAUGAUGGUCCUUUGAGAUGGGUCCCUGUGAUAGAAAGUGUCAUACCAAUUACAAUUCACAGAAAGAAGGUGGAAACAGGAGAUGUGUUCCUGGUCACAGCAUUGAUGAACAAUGAGACUGUCUUUAGUGCAGAAAUAAACUUAAAUGAAAUUCGGCUUAAGAAGACAUCUGAGUGUUUUGUUCAGUGGAGGAAUCGUAAAUCAAAGAGCCAUGCAUGGGGACUGAACUUUGUAUCAGAAGAAGAAGCUCAGAAGUUCUUAGAUUUUUGCAGUCCUGGAGGGGUGCGUUCCACAUCAACCACAUCAUCAUCAAAUCCUUCACUAACCAAUCAGCCAAAAUCAAGUGGACCGAUCAAGUUACCUUCAAGGAAAGAUAGCCAAGGGAGUUCUGAUACACCAUCAAUCCAGGUUAAUGACACUGAUUUAAACAACAAAUCUCCAAUCAAUGGUACCCUCUGCAAUAAUGUUGGUGACCACUACCAGUCUAACAGCACCCUUGUAGCCACAGAAACACUUACUACCAUCAGUUCCCACACAACUUCACCUAUACCCCGUUUACAAAGCAGUGGUGAUCCUGAUAGUGGAUUUGGUGUGGAGGAUGUUGGUAGUGAUUCACUUGACUCUCGUAAUGUGAUGCAUAUUUCACCAUCACAUGAAAAUCAUCUUUCUUCACGCUUAUCUGUUGCCAGUGACUCAGAUUACUCAGUUAGUUCAAGGAGUAACUUAUCUGAUGUGGAUGACUUGGAAAUGAGCUACUUUAAGAGUGUUGCUGAUUUGAAUGCUAAUGACAGUCCUGUGGAUAUUCAUGCCUCAUUUCAUGAUGAAGGAGACCUUAACAGUAGCUGUGGAACAAACUUGAAACCACAGUCCGGAAUUGCUCAGUCACGUCAGGGUGGUGCAACUCGUAAGGCAGGCUGGCUGUCUGUGAAACAUGUCCUUGUAAGAGUGAAGACGAACAAAGUUGAGCAGGCAUCAGAUAGGAAGUGGCGAAAAUGUUGGGUGUCACUCAGAAAUGGUGCCCUGAAUUUUUAUUUUUGUAAUGAAAAGACUGUGAGUCCUCAAGAUUUAGAUGAACCAAAUUUUUCAUUGGAAAUUGAUGGUUGUGUUGCUCAAGCUGUGCCAGAACAUGCCAAGUUAGAUCAUGUGUUUAGUGUUAGCUCCAGACUUGGGGAAGGAUACUUCUUCCAGGCAUCCAAUCAGACCGAUCUUGAAAACUGGAUUACAGCAAUACAUUCAAUGGCUGCAUCAGUGCUGGCAGGAGCAGGACAGAAGGGAAAGCAUGAAAUGCUUCGUAUUCUUACAACAGAGAUCAAUAGAGUUGAAAAGAAAAUAUCUUCAGAUUCCAAACUUAAGAAAAUGGCAGAGUUACAGUCCACUGUUGUUACUGAUUCCAAGAACAAACAAGCCUUUCUUGAUCAGAUAUCAAAGUGGGAUAAAAACUUAGAGCAGCUCAACAUUGAUUUCUAUCGACUUCAUUGCUACACAGCAGCCAUCCAGGGCAGCCAAUUACCCAAUCCUCAGACACUUCUAGCUUGUGUUUCAAGAAACACUAAACAGAUCCUUUCAAGACUAAACAUCUUUUCAGUUAUGUCAUUCCAUGCUGUUGUGAGUGCAAGAGACCCCAGCACCGAUGCAGAAGUAAAGACAAGAAACAAAGCAAAGAGAUCAGCUAGCUCUGUAGGCAGGCUGAAAAGUGCUUUGCUUACAUCACUGAGAAUCAAUGAUGCAGCAAGUGUAAAGUCGAUCAGAGACCGUUACUCUGGAAAAGGUUCUGGAACACCAAGUUUAAAACGACAAUUGCAACCAAACUUAGAUAGCAUAGAUGAUAUGCCAGAGGAGGAAGGUGCCUUGGUAGAGAGCAGCUCUCUAUCAUCAAGUCACUCAGACUGGAAAAACCUUGGAAACUUCCUUCGCAUCAGUUUGGAUAACAAUCAAAGCACUGUAAUACCUUUACACAAUGAAAUGACUAUACUGGAGGUGGUUGAAAAUACUUGUAGCAAACGUCAAUUGAACCCAGAGGCCUAUUACCUUAAACUUGGAUUAGAAGAUGAUUCAGGUGUAACAGGCUACACCACUCCGCUCCAGGAUUCUUUGCUAGAGAGUCAUAACUAUAACUGUCUAAAGUUAUGUGAGAAGUGCACUUUCACUAUAGAAUUGGAGCGUUCGAUGGAGAUUGACAGGCUUGAUUUUGGUAUAUCAGUGGAGAGUAAAGAUGAAGGCAUUGUGGUUAGCUCAGUUGAGGAAGGGAGAUUAGCACAUGUUCAAGGUAUUAGGACUGGAGAUGAAAUUCUUGCUGUAAAUGAUAUUAAAAUAGAAGAAGUGGAAAAUGCAGUGGAAGAUCUCAGAGAAGCACUAAAGGACCCAUCCAUUACCUUAUUGCUGCGCUCAUGCCGUGAUGAACCACCAGUAGCAAAUAAGGUUACAUCUGAUGCCAUUAUCACCAGUCUUGUUGUCCAGCCGCCUCCUAAGAUAAGUGAUACAAUUCCUGAGCAAGAUCUAAGUGACCUGAUUGUUCCUCCGCCUCAAUCUUACGACGAAGACUCUACAGUGGAUACAGAAAGUGUUAUCACAAGCUGUACCGGAGAACUGAGUAGUCCUUCGUCAUUACCACCCGGCAAGAGUGUGGACGAACUUCUUCAGCACGCUGAACAAGUAACGCUGUUCUGCAGGCGGCAGGUGGAAUACUCAGAUGACGAAGAACCCAAGCCGAGUGUCCGUCUCAGCCAAGCACAAAAGCUGCGGAAAGUUAUCAUUGAACUCGUGGAUACAGAAAGGUCUUACGUGAAGGAUCUGAGACUUCUGCUAAAACGUUAUCUUGAUCCCAUGAAAGAUGAGAACUUCAUGUCACAAUCAGAGGUUCAAGCAUUAGUAUCAACUGUUCACAAUAUCUUAGAGUUUCAAGUGGAAUUCCUCAAGCAAAUUGAAAGGCCGAUGGAAACGGAGACUGGAUUUGAAGAGUUCAGUACCGUUGAACAGUUUCAGAACGUUAUAUACACCAUUGGAGAGACAUUUUUCAACUACACGGAACAUUUCAAACUUUACAGUGCGUUUUGUUCAAGUCACUCAAGGGUUGUUGAACUUCUUCAAUCAGGAUCAAACACCGCACUGCAUGAGUUCCUUCAUGCCCGUAAUCCAAAGAACCAGCAUUCAGGGACGUUAGAAUCUUACCUUAUCAAGCCAAUUCAGCGCGUAUUAAGAUACCCUCUAUUAUUGCGUACAAUCUUAAAGCUCCUGGAUAGCUCUAGCGAAGAAUAGCAUUGCCUGUUAGAGGCCGUGACUGCAAUCGAAAAAGUUGCUGAGCACAUUAACGAGAUGCAGAGGAUUACAGAGCAAUUCUCACCAGUUUUCCAUCAACUGAUUGAAGAGUUUGGAGUAUUCGAGCUUUCUGACGUCAGCAUAGAUCGGUUGACACAUCAUGGUAAAGUUCGCUGGCUCAAUUGCCCGGAUGACGUACUGAAAAGUGGAACGCUAAAAAAGUACCCAGUCUCUCCCAGAAUUGGGAAAAAGAUGACUCCCGGGACUAUGCAUCUUUUUGCAUUCGAGAAAGUGUUGAUUCUUCUUUAUGUGGAGCGGAAACAGAAAAAGAAAGAAAAAGACCGGCCCUCUUCCUUAGGAUCAGCGGAAGAAAUCAAGUUUAAAACUAUUAUCCCAGCAUCUGCGCUGAUAAUUCGAGACCACUGUUGGUUAAAUGAUGGUCCAGAGCCAAUUCAUUCGUGGGAAUUAGUAAACAUAAGUGAUACAGCGGAGAUUGGCAGACAAGAAUGUACCUACGUAUUUGCAAACAAAACUGCAGAAGAAAAGAGGGAGAUGGUUAAGUACAUCAAAGAAGCUAUAAAGAGAAGCAUCAAGGUUGGUUAUAAUUUAGCAACCGCCAUUGCGCCAAGGUCGCCAAGCUUCCGACGUAACAACGCCGACGACAAGCUCAAUGCAUCGGAUCCAGGCCCGUUCUUACGUCUUGGCGGUGACCCCUCAUCACUUUUCAGCCGAUCGUUUAGUCACAAUCCCGAAGGUUUUCGAAAUCGGAGAACAUCGCUCGAGAGCGACGCGACCCACAGUUCGGAUGGUUCCGGAGACACCGAAUCCGUUAGUAGUGUAGGUACCGCUCGAGACAGAAGGUUCAAUUUGAAGAAAAAGAACAAAGUCGUCUCUCCUUUGGGGUUAGAAGAUGUUCAAAUUAAGUUAUAGCACGGCAGUGCAAAUGGUUGUUGCAAUUUAUUGCGCCAAGUUCAUACUAAAGAUCCAGAGUUUUAUUUUCUAUACUUCGUCGGAGAAACAUUAUACAGAAUUUACUGUUUAAAAAGAAAAGAAUAUCGUUGUAAAAAAUAGGUCUUUAUUUAUGGUACUGUCGUUGUCUUUGAUUUUACUUUUUACUGUUUUAUUUUACAGUUUGAAUUGCAGGAAUUUGUUUAUAUUUUAUGGUGUUGAUUUUGUGUGUUGUUUUGUAAAUCUCUAUGAAACAAAGUGCACUUGAGUUGUUCCUAGAUAAUAGGUUACAGUACGUUAUCUUAUGCAAAAGGUCUAUUUAUUCAGUGAAGAGAGUGAUUACUUUUAUUAUAAACUGUAGAUGUCGCAUUCAAAUUAUUCGACCCUCAUCUCAAACGAUGGUAAAUAAUUCAGACAAGUCCACCGGGACAUCACGACCAAAGAACACUCAAUCUAGCCCCAGGUCUUCCCCUCCUUGGGUUGCUAUAGUCAGAACAAAGCGUGAGAAGGUAAAAUAAAAACGUGUGUGUUUUUCUUGUCCAUAUUGAAACAUUUAUAGGCAAUCUGAAAAGGGUACAUUUAAAGAAGGAAUUUCUACAGAAUCAACUGACGCAGCAGAUAACGUUGGUACUUCUAACUUUCAGUCAUUAGUCACGGUGUUACCUUAUCUAGUACCCUGGGGCUACCGUGCAACUGUGACGUAAAUGUACAACGGCUUGGCUAUGAAAGGUCUGGGUACAAGACUAGGUAGUACCAAUUUGUACUUGAUCAAACAGUUUAAUUUUUCAGCUGCUUUGAAGCCUUACAAUGAUGUUGUAAUGGUUGGUUGUGGAGACAAUGAAUACUAAUCAUUGUAAAAUACUGAACUUCCAAAUAUGCAAAAUUGAAAGCAGAAUUUUAUAAUAUUUGGAAACAGUUGAGAGUGAAAGGAUGAUUUGAUUUACUGUUCUUUUUCUCCCAUUAUAUCAAAGGCGUGGUCAUGUAUACUUAAAUGGUACCUCACAAAAAACAUACCUGUUAUUAUUAUGUUUUUUUUUUUCGUUUUGUUUUGUUUUGUUUCUUUCGCUAGACCAUAUGUUAACGGGAUUAAUAUUAACUAGAUUAUCUUCCUUUAUGCCUCGGCUUCGUUUAGUACUAAACCAACUCGUUAGCAAGGCGUGAGGUCGUUCCAAAAUUUGCGCUGUUUGCGGAAACGUUCCUAAGUAGAGGAGGCAGAUGUAGACACUUAGUUCUUCUCUCUUUUAUCAUACUCGAGUCACUAGUGACAAAUCGUUUUCUUGGAUCUUGCGUUUGAAAACUCUUUCGGUGUGUUCAAAUUACUCUUAAUAGAUUUGUCAGUGGGGUGUCUGUAGGGAUACAACAUCAAAAUCUGUAAUCCAAUAAAAUAUAUGUUCAUAAUUAAA